UUUAAAAAGAAAAGAGAGAGAGAGAGAUAUAUAUAUAUAUAUAAAAGGAAGAGGAAGUGCGACGAGAAAGAGGGGAAGAUAAGCAAAUUAAGAAGGGAUUGGAUUUUGUAUGUCAAUGGCCGUCGAGAUGUCUUCGAAACAACCCACCAAAGAUUUUUUCUCAUCUCCAGCCCUCUCCCUCUCUCUCGCUGGGAUAUUCCGAAAUGCAUCUUCCGGCAACACCGACCCUGCCGAGGAGGACUUUCUGAGCAGAAGGGUAGUUGACGAUGAGGAUCGUACAGUGGAGAUGAGCAGCGAGAACUCAGGACCCACGAGAUCCAGAUCAGAGGAGGACUUGGAGGGUGAGGAUCACGAGGAGGACUUGGAGGACGACGACGGCAACAAAGGCAAUAAGAGGAAGAGGAAGAAGUAUCAUCGCCACACCACCGAUCAGAUCAGACACAUGGAAGCGCUAUUCAAAGAGACACCACAUCCGGACGAGAAGCAACGACAGCAGUUAAGCAAGCAAUUAGGACUGGCUCCUCGCCAGGUCAAGUUCUGGUUUCAAAAUCGCCGCACCCAGAUCAAGGCUAUUCAAGAACGGCACGAGAACUCGCUGCUCAAGGCUGAGCUAGAGAAGCUGCGAGAGGAAAACAAAGCCAUGAGAGAGUCGUUUUCCAAGGCGGCUAAUUCCUCCUGCCCCAACUGCGGAGGAGGCCCCGAUGAUCUCCACCUCGAAAACUCCAAACUGAAAGCCGAGCUUGAUAAGCUUCGUGCAGCUCUCGGUCGUACUCCCUAUCCCCUGCAGGCUUCAUGCUCCGAAGAUCAAGAACAACGUCUCGGAUCUCUCGAUUUCUACACUGGCGUGUUUGCCCUGGAGAAGUCCCGCAUCGCCGAGAUUGCCAACCGAGCCACCCUUGAACUCCAGAAGAUGGCCACCUCCGGCGAACCUCUGUGGCUCCGCAGCGUUGAGACUGGCCGUGAGAUUCUUAACUACGAUGAGUACCUCAAGGAGUUUCCUCAAGCUCAAGCCUCUUCGUUUCCUGGAAGGAAAACCAUCGAAGCAUCCAGAGAUGUGGGGAUUGUGUUUAUGGACGCCCAUAAACUUGCCCAGAGUUUCAUGGACGUGGGGCAAUGGAAAGAGAUGUUUGCGUGCUUGGUCUCAAAGGCGGCGACUGUUGAUGUAAUCCGUCAAGGUGAAGGGCCUUCACGGAUUGACGGUGCCAUUCAGUUGAUGUUUGGGGAGAUGCAGCUGCUCACUCCGGUCGUUCCCACUAGAGAAGUGUACUUCGUGAGAAGCUGCCGGCAGCUGACCCCUGAGAAAUGGGCUAUUGUGGACGUCUCGGUGUCCGUGGAGGACAGCAACACGGAGAAGGAGGCUUCUCUUCUUAAAUGUCGGAAACUACCCUCAGGGUGCAUCAUCGAGGACACCUCCAACGGCCACUCCAAGGUCACCUGGGUGGAGCACCUCGACGUGUCUGCCUCCACAGUUCACCCUCUCUUCCGCUCCUUAGUCAACACCGGUUUGGCCUUUGGGGCUCGACACUGGGUAGCCACACUUCAGCUCCACUGCGAACGCCUCGUCUUCUUCAUGGCUACCAACGUCCCCACCAAGGACUCUCUCGGAGUUACAACGCUGGCCGGGAGAAAGAGCGUGCUGAAGAUGGCGCAAAGGAUGACACAAAGCUUCUACCGCGCCAUUGCUGCAUCAAGCUACCAUCAAUGGACAAAAAUCACCACAAAAACUGGUCAAGACAUGCGAGUUUCUUCCAGGAAGAACCUCCAUGAUCCUGGGGAACCCACGGGAGUCAUUGUCUGCGCUUCUUCUUCCCUCUGGUUACCUGUUUCUCCAACUCUUCUCUUUGAUUUCUUUAGAGAUGAAGCUCGUCGCCAUGAGUGGGAUGCUUUGUCGAACGGAGCACAUGUUCAGUCUAUUGCAAGCUUAUCCAAGGGACAAGACAGAGGCAACUCAGUGGCUAUCCAGACAGUGAAAUCGAGGGAAAAGAGCAUAUGGGUGCUGCAAGACAGCAGCACUAACUCGUAUGAGUCGGUGGUGGUAUACGCUCCUGUAGAUAUAAACACGACGCAACUGGUGCUCGCGGGACAUGAUCCAAGCAACAUCCAAAUCCUGCCCUGUGGAUUCUCAAUCAUACCCGAUGGAGUAGAGUCACGGCCACUGGUAAUCACGACAACACAAGACGACAGAAAUAGCCAAGGAGGGUCUCUCCUCACACUGGCCCUCCAAACCCUCAUCAACCCUUCUCCUGCAGCAAAACUGAACAUGGAGUCUGUGGAUUCCGUCACAAACCUCGUCUCUGUUACGCUACACAACAUUAGGAGAAGCCUACAAAUCGAAGAUUGUUGAUGACAACAGGUGCCCACUCUCUUAUAUGUGAAGAAGAAGAUGUUACUAUCUAUAUAUAAGUAUAUGAUAAUGUAUAGCAUUGCAUUAAGUAUUGUACAAAAACGAGGACGAGCUCUCUCUUCUGCAAUCAUAUUAUUAUUAUCCAA